ACCUGCAAUCUUCCAAUCAGAGGUCAACCGCCCUACCACUCUGCACCGUGGCUGCCCCGUGGCGCUCUGCGUACACGUGCUUACCUUGGUGUGCUGGCAAACUGAUACAGUGUGCCGCUGAAUCAGUUGUGUACAAUGUUCUCAUCCUGGAAAGAUGAUCUCUGUCAGUGUGCAGGCAGACACUCAUGCUUUCCAGCUGAUUGGAGCUGCAUCUUGUCUUUUCGGUGGAUGCUUGUUUGAUAAUCUCAUCUUGAUUUUACUUAGAUAUUUGUGGUAGAUCAUUUAUUCCCACAAAUGUUUGAAGCGCCUUAAGCCACCUGAUUACACUGAGUUUCCACUCAGCGUUUGGAGGCCUGCAGUUUGAAUUGUCCCGUGGAAUUGAACUCUGAGGUGACUGGUAGAUGUGUGGCAGUAAUGGAUCAUCCAGUAAAGGAGUUUCACAGCAGUUUGAGGCAUCGAGUUGACAAGCAGGCUGCAGACAGUCAGGCUCAGAACCGCAGCACGAACGCUUGUCCCACUGGACUCUCUUGCAGCUGAAGUGGACUAACCGGUGCUGAAGAAAAUUCUCAGGCUCAGGAAAAUCGUUAUUGGUAAGUUGAGCCCCAGGCCACCAGUUAGCGGUGGUGCUGACCAGCAGUGGCUGUGACAGCGGCAGGAACGCAGGCAGACACGAGGAGCAGUUCCACCUUUACAUGAGGGGGAAGAGUGGAGCACAGACCUGUCAACAACCUACGACCCCCCCCAGACAGGAGACAGUGCAUGCAGAUAGAAAGCCUCUGGACCCAGUGAUUCCCAACGCUGAGGCCCCUUUGGACUCAGGGAAAACAUGGGGCCCCAUCCCGCUCAGCUCUUCCCACUCUUAUUCCUGCUUCUCCUCCUGUGCCUCCCUUGCACCCCCCUUCGGCCUCAGCUUGUGGAGCGAACCUUUGACCCCGAGCAGCCUCAGUCUUCUAACUCCACGCCGGCGUGUGCAGGUGUGGUGGAGUGCAAACCCGGCAUCCUGCUGCCAGUGUGGCUGCCAGCCAACCCCCCUGUGGGGGAGCAGGCAGGGAGGGCUGUUCUCUACUUCCUGUUCCUCAUGUACAUGUUCCUGGGCGUGUCCAUUAUUGCAGACCGCUUCAUGGCAUCCAUAGAAGUGAUCACAUCUCAGGAAAAAAAGGUGACUAUCACCAAACCCAACGGUGAAACCACGGUGACCACAGUACGGAUCUGGAACGAGACAGUUUCCAACCUGACCCUCAUGGCCCUGGGCUCCUCUGCACCUGAGAUCCUGCUCUCUGUCAUCGAGGUCUGUGGGCACGGCUUUCAUGCUGGGGAGCUCGGGCCCGGCACCAUCGUGGGGAGUGCCGCCUUCAACAUGUUUGUGAUCAUCGGCCUGUGCGUGUGGGUGAUUCCUGAUGGAGAGUCUCGCAAAAUCAAACACCUGAGAGUGUUUUUCAUCACCUCCUUCUGGAGCAUCUUUGCCUACAUCUGGCUCUACCUCAUCCUGGCCGUCAUCUCCCCGGGAGUCGUGGAGGUGUGGGAAGCUGUGGUGACGCUGCUGUACUUUCCAUUGUGUGUGAUACUGGCUUGGAUCGCUGACCGCCGCCUGCUCUUCUACAAAUACAUGCAUAAGCGUUACCGUGCCGACAAGAGGCAUGGCAUCGUGGUGGAAAUGGAAGGAGACCUGGCCCCCAAAGGCAUUGAUGUGAUCAUGGACAGCAAGCUGGCAGACAGCAUUUCGUGCCCUGGGAACUCCUCCAGUGUUACCGUCUCAGUACAGACUGGAGGUGAACUGGACCAGAACCAGGAGGAGGUGGUACGUAUCCUGAAGGACCUGAAGGAGAAACACCCAGACAAAGACCUGGACCAACUGAUCGAGAUGGCCAACUACUCUGCUCUGGUUCAAAAGAAGAAGAGCCGUGCAUUCUACCGCAUCCAGGCUACCCGCAUGAUCAUCGGUGCUGGAAACGUCUUAAAGAAACAUGCCGCCGACCACAAACGGCAUGCAGCAGGCCAGGACAGCGACACGUGUGCACACAUUUGUUUUGAAAGUGCGCAGUAUCAGUGCACGGAGAGCUGUGGCUCCCUGACCCUGGGUGUGGUCUUGUAUGGGGGCACAGGCCAGGACACCUUCUAUGUGGACUACUGCGCUGAAAACGGGUCUGCCAACGCUGGAUCAGACUAUGAGCUCACCGAGGGAACGCUUGUGUUUAAACCAGGAGAAACUCGCAAAGAGAUCAAGGUACGCAUCUUGGAUGACGACAUUUUUGAAGAGGAUGAACACUUCUUUGUGCGCCUUCAGAAACUGCGGUUGGAGGAAGGAGGAGCUGAAGGGACUGGAACUCCACCCAAGGGCAGACUAGUGGAGCCUCUUCUUGCCACCAUCACAAUCUUGGAUGAUGACCAUGCAGGAAUUUUUACCUUCAAGCAGCAGGUACUGCGAGUGAGCGAGAGCACCGGCAUGCUCCCGGUGACCGUGGUGAGGAACUCUGGCUCCAGGGGCACGGUGGCCGUGCCGUAUCACACAGAAGACGGGAGCGCCAGGGCUGGAGUGGACUACGAGGAAGCCAGAGGGGAGCUGGAGUUCACCAACGAGCAGACCAGUCAGACAUUACAGGUGCGCAUCAUAAACGUGGAGGAGUACGAGAAGCAGGAGAACUUCUUCAUUGUGCUGGAAAACCCCAAGUGGCUGAAGCGAGGACUGUCAGCACUGCUGCUGAAUCAGGGAACCCCAGCACCUGAGGAGGCAGAGGCUCGGCGGAUCUGUGAAAUGGGCAAACCCAUUCUGGGGGAGCACAGCAGGCUGGAGGUCAUCAUACAGGAGGCCUGUGAUUUUAAGACGCCCAACGGAGUAUUAGACCAGUGCACUGUGGACAAACUCCUCAAAGACACCGACCUGGCUGGAGUGAUCGGCACGCACUCCUGGAAGGAGCAGUUCAUGGAAGCGCUCACCGUCAGUGCUGGUGAUGCAGAUGAGGAGGGACCGGAGGAGCAGACGCCUAACUGUUUCGACUAUUUCAUGCACAUAUUGUGCGUUUUCUGGAAGAUUUGUUUUGCCUUUGUCCCCCCCACUCAGUACUGGAACGGCUGGGCCUGCUUCCUUGUGUCCAUCUGUGUCAUUGGUAUGUUAACUGCUGUCAUCGGAGACCUGGCUUCCCACUUUGGCUGCACGGUUGGCCUCAGAGACGGCGUCACCGCAGUGGUCUUUGUAGCUCUGGGAACUUCCGUUCCAGAUACUUUUGCCAGUAAAGUGGCUGCCGUUCAGGACCAGUAUGCCGACGCAUCUGUGGGAAAUGUGACCGGAAGCAAUGCGGUGAACGUGUUUUUGGGCAUCGGUUUGGCCUGGUCUGUGGCUGCUGUGUACUGGGAGGUCAAAGGGAUUGCCUUCAAGGUGGAUCCUGGUUCCCUGGCCUUCUCUGUCACGCUUUACACCAUUUUUGCCUUUGUUGCUAUGGCAGUGUUGAUGGUACGCAGAAGACCCUCCUUCGGUGGUGAACUAGGAGGACCACGAGUCAGCAAAAUUCUCACCUCCCUGCUGCUCUUUGGGCUGUGGUUCCUCUACAUCCUGUUCUCCAGCCUGGAGGCCUACUGCCAUAUUCAAGGCUUCUGAUGAAGCAGAGCACGCCACCAACCAACACCAGAGCUCUCACCUGGAUUCUGUACUCAGAGUCACCAACGCCGCAGGUCAAUCAGUGUCCUGCCCAACAACUGCUGCCAUAGUUGAUGAAAGCGACACAGACUCGUGUGCAAACCACACUCCCACCCUGCAGUACUCUUCCAGUCAGAAGGACAAACAAUCCUUUCCUUCUAGGUUGAAUCAAGCCCUGGGUUUGAGGUAUAAGCUCGCCCCCCCUACCACUCAGAGUGUGGGACAGAUAAAGUCUGCUUAACCUGGGAGAAGAAUGAGCAAACAGGUGUCUGGAACAUCCACAAGGGUGAGGUGUUAACCUGAGAAACUGCUCUCGUGUGGACAAAUAUCAAUGGAUGAGGUGAGGUCUGCAUCACUCCGGCCUCUCAGGACACUGGCAAACAUGAAACUACCACCACUGGCUUAAGAGUACCCCCCCCCCCCCCCCCAUGCUGAUGCUCCUUUAGCUUCCCAGGAAGGAGAAAGUGGUCAAAUGUUCAGUUGACUUUAUCUUGUUGUCAGAAACUACCAACUGGUAACAUUAGGAAAAGUGUCCUACCAGCCAGUGACACGCUUCUAUUUCCCGUGGUCUGGCGUAAGUAAAUCUGCCACCGAAGCUGUGGCUCUAUGCUGUUGCUCCAUGCAGCAAUUCAAUUUAAAGUCUUUCUAUUCUAGUUUUGAUGAGAAUUGCACAGAAGGAAUCAGUAAAAAAAGCAACAUGAAAAUAAAAACUCCAUGUUUAUAAGGCACCUUGUUUGCGUCCGUUAAGAUUCUUUCACCUUCAACGUCUUUGUGUUUAUCAUUCAAUCAUGUCACAUUUAAUGUAUUUGAGCUGAUAAUGAAAACUGUGUAUUUUAAUUUAUUGCAAGUUGAAAAAAUGACAUUGAAAUUUCAAACGACUGUGUCUCCUUUGCAUUUUUAUUCCUGAGAAACGAUGUUUGCAUCUUCAAUGUGUGGGUUAAAAAGGGGGAGGAAACAACGGCUGUUUUUUAGUCAUUUAGUCACUGACACCACAUUUGAACAUGUAGUUCUGAUGGGGUUGUUAUUUAUCAAAGCUUUGUGAGCCGUCCUUUUUGUCAAACUACUGGUGAUAACUGAUGGGCAGCUGCAGAGCAAAGGGUCCCAGCAGCCUCACAGAGCAAAUGACAAGUGGGUUAAAAUGGGCUCAGUAGAUGUUUUGGCACGACACAUAGAUUUGUCUUCUAAAUCUGCCUAGAGUUCCCUUUGGGGUCACUGGAGCGUCUCCCAGUCCCUGCUGGGUGAAGGCAGGGUUCACCCUGGACAGCUCACCAGUCUAUCACAGGGCAACACAUCCUCACACUCACAUCUAAGGGACAAUUUGGAGUCAUCAGUUAACCUCUGAAUAUGUUUUUGGACUGUGGGAGGAAGCUGAAGUGCCUGGAGAAAAGCCACACAUGGAUGACAAAAACAUGCAGCAGACUCCACACAAAGAGCUGGGAGUUGAACCAGGACCUUCUUGCUGUGAGAUGACAGUGCUAAUCACUAAGUGCAACACAAACUAUUUACAAAAAUCCCACCCACUUAGUAAAAAGAUAAAAAUGAAACAACCAAAUAUGUAAAGACACAAAUAUCAAUCAGGGGGGGAAAAAAACAAAAUACAACUAAGGUUGGAAAAAUGUAUAUAAGUUAUCUCAUAUUUGCUUUUAUGAAUUACCUAGCUAUAUAGCUGUUAUAAUCAUGUUUGCAGAAGUGUUUGUGUCCAAGUACUGUUUCACAGGGAGGUGAAGGUGAAACUCUUGGGAGGAAACCAACUGUCCUAGAGUCUUCUCAAAAUCAGCAUGUUAUCUGCUUCCAGACCUGAAUCAAAGGAAACUCUGUGUUAAUUAUCCAUGACAAAAUACUUUGCAGGGCCAGAGAUGGUGUGGGAAGACUGCGAACGGAUGGACAAGUUGCAAUUAAAGUUUUCUGAUAGCGCUGCAGCUGUUUUUUUAUCUGUUUCCCCUCCUUAGAGCUCAGCACAUAUGUAAAUUAAGGAAAUCCCAAAAUAUUUAAUAAAAGGGGAGGCGACAGGAAUAUCCGCCAGAGCGGAGAGAGAUUGUAAGUGGUUAUCAUUCUCUGUUCGUUCUCCUCCUAAAAGGUACCUUUAUCUCUCGUCAUUCUUUCCUUUUGACGUUAUUCAGAUGUUGCAGGUUGUUUGAACCCAACAUUGAAUUGGUCCUUCGAGCCGGAUAUUGGGGAGUUGGAAACUUCCCUCGUUUCGGUCUAAGAUUUCCCUGAGCAUUGUGUUUGGCACAGGUGAGGCAUGCUCUACAAAAAAUGUUUGAAUAAGAAUUAAAUCCAUAGGUUGUGUAAUGUUUGUUUACCUGCCCCAUCAUUCCUCCCGUUGACACAUGGGUUACCCCAUGGGUCAAUAUAGCCGCCCAUUUGUAAAGAUUUUUUGGUAAAAUAGGUUUGUUGUCUGGUCAUACAUAUAUAUAAUUUAAGAGUUUAGCAUUUUGUUUUUUUCCAGAGUUCUUUUUCAGGUUGUAAACUCUGGUGUUG